AUGUUCCAUGGUUUCCACUGUAGUCGGUUGACGAAGAUACAGAGCCGAGCAGAGGCAGGAGAUGAACCUGGCCGAAAACAAAACGCGGACCGCAAAUUUGUACUCUGUGGAGACUAUGUCUCGCCAUAUACAAUUACCGCCGCGCAUGCAUUGCUCGAGAAAGGUCUUACCUGGGAAUACAGACAUAUUGACAUUCUCAAAUUUGUGACCCGGACUCCUGAACACCGCAAAUUACACCCCUUCGGCAAAGUGCCCAUCUUAUAUGUGCUGGACGAUCGAGGGGAGUCUACUCUUAAAAUCUGUGAAAGCCGUGCAAUUGCCCGUUAUAUCGCUGCCGCGUAUUCCAACCAGGGCAACUCGUUGAUGCCGCAUAUCAGCGACGUCGAAGCCGUCGCUUUAUUUGAAGAGGCUGCCUCGAUGGAAGUGUGCUAUUUUUCCACUACAGCUUGGAGAUACUGCGGAGAUAUCAUCGUCAAACCAAUACUGGGUAUUCCCAGAGUAGACAAAAAGACAUUGGAGGAUAUUUGGAAUGAGCUCAAUGGCGCCCUGAAAGCCUUGGAUGGGAUCCUGUCUAGCCGCGAACAUCUUGCUGGCGCAAACUUCACCCUUGUAGACAUAUGGUCUAUGCCUUGGGUGUCACAGCUUAUUGAUUUGAAGGGAGCUGACGUCGUCUUCUUUGAGCUGCCGCAUCUGCGAAAUUGGUGGGAGAUAGUGAGCUUGAGACCGGCGUGGAAGGAAGCCUGUGCAUUGAUGGACAAAGCGAUGGAAGUGAUGCGCCAGAAUACAGCAAAUGUCAUGUCACAGCCGAUUGACACCAGAAACGAUGUACCAGAUACCCAGCGAUUCAACCGAGGCGGGCGCCGAAAGCGCAACGAGUACGCUCUGGUCGCCUGUAUGCUAUGCAAGUCUCGAAAAGUCAAAUGUGACGGCCAAUGGCCCUGUCAACGCUGUACCAAGCGUGGCGUGGAGUGUUCCUACCCGCGUCGUGGCAACAUACCCAGCAUGAGCCCGAUACCCACAGAAAUGAGCUUAGAGAUGGGAUACUCUCCGUCAACUGAAGACGGAGCAACGCCUCGCAUAUCUGUGACUUCAGGCGGCGCUGCCUCGAGCGAAGCAUCUCGUCUACCUGCGCGGACCAGUAACAGUUUAAGCGCCUCACUACAAAGUCCUGCAGCUACCGACAGAUCUCCUCCGGCUCGCCGCUCAAGCUUUGUUGAUACUUUCAGCUUAGCCAGAUCUUGCCUCGAAACUAACGGUAUCGUGGACCAAGUCGAGAAGGACGUCCAGGGUCCAACGAGCAAACCAUGUCUGACAUUAGAGCAAUCUCUUGCUUCUGCAAGUGACGACUGCUUGGAAUCAAUCCUGGAGCUGGGCUACGACAAAGCUCGACAGCUGUUCAUUACCUUUGCGGAGACAAUUUACCCCGUUUACCCGUGUGUUGAUCUUCACUCCACCGAACCGGUUUUGGAUGCGGUAUUCGGACGUUCUGCUCACCACACGACACAACUACCGUCUGUUAACCUGACUAAAGUGGAUAUUCUCAAAGCCCUGCUAGGGCUAACUCUCCUUGUUGAAAAUGAUAGCACAAACCCUCUCGCACGUCACCUCCAACGCUACGUCGAUUGGUCGGUGGAGAAGCUCGUUAUGGGUAAAGGCCCAGAUACUGAAGAUGUUGUCAUGGCUACCUUGAUGAGCCUGUACUUCUUCCACAAAUCUGAACACAUGAAGGCGUGGCGACUCAUCAGUCUAGCAUCGAGAACAUGUUUCGAACUUGGUCUUCAUCAAGCGCCAGAAGAGGUUCAAAAGGCUGUCGAAAUCCCUGGUUCAUUUUCCCCACGAGAGCUGUUCUGCUGUGUAUACGUACUAGACAGGACGUUUUCUUUCGCAACGGUCCUUCCCCAUACCACGAAAGACGAAGACAUAGAUGAGAAGUGCUUCGAUCUUGGAACUUCCGCGCCCUUCCUAGUCGUAACCAUGGAAUACACGCGUCUAAACUCGGAGAUAAUCGGACUGCUGAAGCCUUCAACCAAGAGCGUUGCAGAAGGUCGGCAACAUAAAGAGUAUCUCGAUUACAAAGUGCAACGGCUACGCGACCAAUUCCGAGACCUCACGGCGGCCGCCCGAUCUACACCUUUACCUAGCAAGCCUUGGGAUCCUCUUCAGAAUGAAGUACUUAUGAAUGACCUAGAAACCUUUCUAGAAGUACGGAUCUGUCACGCUCGAAUACUACUACGGAAACCUCUCCUUCACUCAUACAAAGGUGAUCGAGAGAAGACAGCAGCCGCAGCAGUCUGUGUCCAGUGCGCCAAAGCCACCAUCUUUCUGUGCUCUGGUGUAAUCAACAAGGCAGUCCCGUUAAAGUGUCUUCGAAGCUCAUACGAAUAUUUCACCGUGUCGUCACUCGCUAUAAUCCUGCUGGUCGUUUCUCAGGACCCAGAAACCUAUGGACCAGAGAGUAGAGACGCAUUUCAAGAAGCGAUCAGAAUACUUCAGGUAUCGAAAUGUCGAAACUUUGCCUCUGGGAAUUUGUGCUUUACUUUUGAGCAACUCAUCAAGAUUGGGGAGCGCAUUCACAUGCCUAAAGAUAACAACACGCCACUAUUACAAGACUUUGGAGAUAUCGCUAUGGGGCAGCUCUUGGUGGAUCCUCAAUGUGUUGGAUCAGGCGAUCUGCAGACUCUGGAUGAUAGUAUAUUCGGGCUAUUUGGGAUGAACAGAAACUGGCCUGCCAAUAAUAGCUAUAUCUGAGAUCUAUAUGGCAUAAAUCCUAUGAUCUAGGAGCAAGUAUAUGCAUGGCCAAUACAACCUAAAGCGGG